UUUCUUAGAUUUCACUCCAUCACUUUGUUACCGUCUCUCUACUUCUUCCGUGUUGAGUGAGUUCCAUUUGUACGGAUCGAUCGGAGUUUGGAGUGUUCUCGACUGUCCGAUCAACCGGUGAUGGGGUCGAUAAUCGAUCCUGGUGAGUUGACUGAGUUGACUCCUCCUAGCUUCGACGAGUUCCAGCGGCAGACGUCGCUGAUGACGAGCUGCACUCUUAUGUGGAAGGAGCUCUCCGACCACUUCACUUCUCUGGAACAGAAUCUGAUGAAGAGGUCGGACGCUUUGAAGCAGAUGAUCGAGACCCUCGACAACCAGACUCAGGCCUCGCUCGAGUCGCUCAAGCGUCGCGAGGUCACGAUCGACGACAGCGUCGAGAUCGCCAUGGGAAAAGUCAAGGAGAACGCAAAGGCUGCUCUGGUGUCACUCCAGAAAGCUGGAGAUGGCGGUUCAGGCGCCGACGAUGGAGGUGAAGUCGACGAUGGCGAUGGUCUACUCGCGUUGCUGAAAAGUUUCUGCCUGAAGAUGGACGUGAGAGGAUUCUGGAAUUUCGUUACGGCGCGAAAGAAGGAGCUAGAAAAUCUCCGGGCACUGAUACCGAUGGCGCUGGUGGAGUGCGUGGAUCCGUCGAAGUUCGUGCUCGAAACGAUUUCCGAAGUGUUUCCGGUGGACAAGAGGGCUGGAAAGAGCGGUGGAGAUGGAGCAGGAGAGAAAGCGACCAACGAUUUGGGAUGGGCUUGUGUGGUGAUCCUCGAGAGCUUGAUACCGGUAAUGGUGGACCCUGUGAUCGGGAAAUCGCGGCUGCUGGUGACACCGAGCGUCAAGGAGAAGGCUAAGGAGAUUGCGGAGACAUGGAAGGCGAGCUUGGAAGAGAGAGGAGGGAUCGAAAACGUGAAGACCCCUGAUGUGCACACGUUUCUGCAGCAUUUAGUGACCUUUGGAAUCGUUAAGAAGGAAGAUCUUACUCUGUACAGGAAGCUUGUGGUUGGAUCGGCAUGGCGCAAGCAGAUGCCUAAGCUCGCUGUUUCAAUAGGGUUGGGUGAUCAAAUGCCUGACAUGAUUGAAGAAUUAAUCAGCAGGGGUCAGCAACUUGAUGCUGUUCAUUUUACUUACGAAGUUGGCCUUUCGGACAAGUUCCCUCUAGUUUCUUUGCUCAAAGCUUAUCUUAGGGAUGCUAAGAAGGCAGCAGCAUCAAUCGUGGAGGAUCCCAGCAACCCUGGCCGAUCUGUGCAUCUCGCUGUGAGGAAAGAGCAAUCAGCCAUCAGGGCGGUCUUAAAGUGCAUAGAAGAGUACAAACUCGAGGAGAAGUUCCCGCCGGAGAAUCUCAAGAAGCGGUUGGAUCAGCUUGAGAAGGCCAAAACCGAGAAGAGAAAACCAGCAUCCGUUCCAGCCAACAAGAGAACCCGAGCGAGCUACAAUGGCCCGAUGCCACCAGCCAAGGCAGGGCGUAUCACAAAUGCAUAUGUCUCCUCCUUCCCAGCCCCGCCCACAUUCAUCAGGUCCCUGACCCAUUCCCCUCAGUACCCGACACCACCAUACACUUCUCAUAUGAGCCCUCCAUAUCAAUACUCCCCCGAAGCCGGUCACAUGGCGUACGCAGGUUCUCCUAUCAGUUUUCCGGCGACAUAUGGUGGCUACUGCAAUGUCCCAAAUCCUCCUCCCGCAUAUCACCUCCACCACCAGCAGGCUUACUACUGAACUGAGUAGACAGUGACCAAAACUGGAAGAUGGUAACCACUGAUACAGCAACAAGUUACAACUCUCUCUCUCUCUGAUGUCUCCUCCUUGGAUCUGCUUCAUGUCUCUAGUGAUUGUUGUCUUUAUUCUUCUACGAAAUCGCAGCUAAAUCUGUUUAAUCUGGGUAGUACGUCUCACUUGUGUUUAAUUAUAUAAAUAUUUGUAUAGAGAGAACUUCUUAUCUACA